AUGGUAUCUUUUGAUGUCACGUCCCACUUUACCUCUAUCCCCCAGGAUCUGGCACUCGAGACCGUCCAGCUCCUCCUACGAAAAAAGUACAAUGAAACGGAGAAUCGUCUUGGACAUGCCCAAGUCCUUCAGCUCCUAAAGUUCUGUCUCAGGACGUACUUCACGUUUGACGGAACAAUCUACGAGCAAGUGAAGGGAACAGCAAUGGACUCGCCGAUCUCGGGAUUCAUCGCCGAGGCGGUCCUACAGCGGUUAGAAUCGUUGGUCUUCCAACACCACAGACCGAAAUUCUGGGCUCGGUAUGUGGACGACACCUUCGUCGUCAUCGAACGGGAUCAGGCGCUAACGUUCAAAGAACGUCUUAACAGCGUCUUCCCGGACAUACAAUUUACCAUGGAGGAGGAAGAAAAUAGCCAGCUGGCAUUCCUUGAUGACCUCGUCUGCCACAAAGAUUGUGGUGGCCUAAAGACCAAAGUGUCCAGAAAAGCGACGAACACGAAGCAAAUACUGAACUUCAACAGUAACCACCCAAUAAGCCACAAACGCAGUUGCGUAAGAACGCUAUGUCGGCGCGUUGAGACUCACUGCAGUGAACCGGAGGAAAUCUGA